GUGCAGCAUUUGGCCACAAGAGCGCGAGCCACACCAGAUGAGGGGAAGGUGACAACAUUCGCGUGCCUUUUAGUCCGAUAGAUUGUUGGUAAAGUAAUACAUUCCAUUCCAAACACUGUCAAAGCCACACCGGAGGCUGUCAACAGCUUACUUCCACACACUUCAGCAUCUCUCCGUCUUGCACGAUGAUCCCCGACAACCAAGAUAUCAGACACACAGUUGGUUUUUAUUUCAUUUUUCUGUCGUUCGUUCCUGUCAACAUUGUCACCGGCAGCACAAGACCAGGCUCCCAGAACCAGGAUUCAGAGGAAGUCCUCUAUGACAGCCAGCUAGACCUGCGAGAGAUAGUAUUUGUGAUCCAGAGCCAGAGUAACUCAUUCCACAUGAGUUGGGCGGAGAGACAGAGAGCAGACCUGUUACAACAGACUCAGAGCCUCACACAGACACCCCCUCCAGUCCUGCUCCUCCACAGUCUGACAGACAAUGAGGGAGACUGGAGCAUCCUUCCUCUGCUGCCUUACCUCUCCUCAUUGUUUGGGAAGAACUCAUCCUGGCUGGUGUUUCUGGAAGAGGAAACUAACGUCAAGGUGACCAAGCUGCUCCAGGCCCUCAGGAAGUUUGACAGGAGAAAAGAGUGGUUCCUGGGUAAACCUCUCCAUGAUGAGGAGUCGACCAUCAUCCACCACUACGCCUUUGCAGAGAACCCCUCCAUCUUUAAAUACCCAGACUUCUCUGCUGCCUGGGCCCUUAGCAUCCCCCUGCUUGACAGGCUCGCAAACAAAGUGAGAGAUGAUCCACUCAAGUCUGACUUCACUAUCGAUCUGAAGCAUGAGGUAGCUCUGUAUAUCUGGGAGAAUGGCCACGGGCCUCGUCUGACGGCAGUCCCAGAGCUGUGUACUGAGCCAGAACACUCUCCCACUGCCCAACACUGUGCUACCACCCUCAGGAGACCUGCUCCCCUGUGUGGGGAGCCUGUAAAGAAGGAAGACAUCUUUGUUGCUGUGAAAACUUGCAAGAAGUUUCAUAGUGAGAGAGUCCCAGUGGUGAAGAAGACGUGGGAGAGAGAGGCAUCUCUGUUGGAGUAUUACAGUGACCACACUGACCCCUCCAUACCUACCAUUGACCUAGGAGUCCCCAACACAGAGAGAGGUCAUUGUGGGAAGACGUUUGCCAUCUUGGAGAGGUAUAUCAGCGAUGCGGUGCCAAAGACGAGCUGGCUGCUGGUGGUGGAUGAUGACACACUCAUCAGCCUGCCCAGACUGCAGAUGCUGUUGAGCUGUUACAACCCCUCUGAACCGGUGUGUCUAGGGGAGAGGUACGGCUACGGGCUGGGCCAGGGAGGCUACAGCUACAUCACCGGAGGAGGGGGGAUGGUGUUCAGUAGGGCCGCGGUGGUGAGGCUCCUGGCCAGUGACUGCAAGUGUUACCGUGAUGACGCCCCUGAUGACAUGGUGCUGGGGAUGUGUCUCAACGCUCUGGGGCUCCCUGUCACACAUAGCUCCCUCUUCCACCAGGCACGACCUGAAGACUACUCCAGAGACUUCCUAGCCCACCAGGUGCCCAUCUCUUUCCACAAACACUGGAACAUCGACCCCGUCGCCGUCUUCAACAGGUGGCUAAAGGAUGAGUCGGUGUCAACACGCCCACACGGACUAAACAAGAGCACCAAGGAAGAGUUAUAGUCACUCAGACACACUGUGUGUGUGUGUGUGUGUGUGUGUGUGUGUGUGUGUGUGUGUGUGUGUGUGUGUGUGUAGUCAUGGACAAACAUAUUGUCAGCAUGUUUCCUCCAUCGGUGUAAAUGUUUUCUAUAUUGUGAAUCUUGCGGAGAUAUCAUUUGGAAGGUUCAUGCAAGCCUGUCCCUGACUGUGUAUAUGGGAACUUAUUCAUGACUGAGGCCAGGAUUCAAUCCAAGGCGCGUUAGAGCAGCACAAUAUAAUGGACAUUCGAAGGUAAAUGAUGCUUGAGUCGACAUGCUAGCAUUGACCAUGAAUGCGAUCUCGGCGAACGCCGGGGAAAACAUCUUUGGAAGACCUAUUGUCGGCUGUCUAACGCUCAGCUAUACGUAUUGAAUCCCGGCCACAGUUUCAAUUGAUUUGCAUGUUGAGGUUGUCAUUGUGUGUUCAGAUCUUGUCUGUGUAUAUUUAUACGAUAUAAUCUAUUCCUUGCCAAGUUGAACAAUGAAACAGUUUUUUUUUUCUCAAGGACAUAUCUCAACAUUAUUACUACAUGCUGUACAAUGUGUACUAUUUUGAUAUCAACGUGUUAUUACUUAAAAAUAUAUGUUUGCGCUGUCUUAUUGGAGUUUUAUUUCUGGCAUUUGGUUUCAGGAUUAAUUAAUGACUAUUAAUUGUGAAUGUAAAUAAUAGGUGCUAUGAAAACGUGUGUGUGUUUUCAUUGCCCCUAUUAUCACACACACCAAAUACUGUUGAAUGCAAUUUCAAAUAGAAGCUAUGAGAAAUGA